UGCAUAGCUGGGGCCUCUUCCGCUUUCACUGGAAAAGAGGGGAGUGGGUUCUGCCUGGAGGGUCCCAGGCUGGAGAGACCCCCACCCAUGGCUCAGCUGGCCUUACUGGUGGUCCUGGCCCUCCUGCAGGGGAGGCGGGUGGGGGCCCAAGGCUGCGGCUUCCGCCCGGACUACGACGGCCUGCGUGGCUUCUCGGUGGGGGGCUCGCGCAUCGUGGGGGGCUCCAAGGCGGCUGCGGCCAAGUGGCCCUGGGUGGUCAGCCUCCAGACCGGCGCCUUCCACUUCUGCGGGGGCUCCAUCGUCCACCCCUGGUGGGUCCUCUCCGCCGCCCACUGCUUCGCCAAAGAGGAGAGGAAGAACGUGAAGGUGGCGGCCGGGAGCAACUUGCUGGGGCGGAACAACGUGACGCGCUGGGUGCGCAAGGUGCGCAUGCACCCGCUCUACGACGGCAAGACGUACGACAACGACAUUGCGCUGCUGCUGCUGGAGGAGCCCAUCCCGUACAGCCCCUCCCACAGCCUCCUCUGCCUCCCCGACCGGACCGUGGUGCCCGACGACGACCUCUGGGAGAGCUGCUUCGUGGCCGGGUGGGGGCUCACCAAGCCCGGCACAAAGCAGGGCUCCAUUGACCUGCUGGACGUGCAGGUGGACAUUGUGGAAUGGACGCUGUGCCAGCGCUGGCUGCAAACCCUGACCAAGAACAUGCUCUGCGCCGGGUUCGAGCAGGGAGGCCGCGACUCCUGCCAGGGGGACAGCGGGGGCCCCCUGAUGUGCCGGCCACCCAGCCACAGCCCCCGCCAGCGCUGGUUCCAGGUGGGCGUCGUCAGCUGGGGGCGCAGCUGUGGGGCUGUGAAGAGCCCCGGCGUCUACGCCCGCGUCUCCAGCUACCACUCCUGGAUGGAGCAGACGGCCGCCAACGACGGGCACCCCUUCCCCAAGUCCCCGGCCCUGCUGGCCAGCGCGCCGGUCCCCGGGGACACGGAACAGGUUCCGGUGGCCCACAUCCCGCAGGCGGAGGUGGACAUGUGGGCGGACGUCUACAGCGGGAGCGGCCAGUAUAGCCGGAGCCCGACCCUCUCGCUUCCCUUGCGGGGCCUUUGGGUGGCCGGACUGGCCUUGGCCCUGGACACUGCUUUCUGAUGGACUGAGCCGCAGAGGGUUCUGGGAAAGCAGAGUGGCCCUCUCUCUGGACACGAUGGCAGGGAGGGCAGGUGGCUUGGAGCUGAAAUAAAUAAAUAUUCUUGGAUAAUUA